AUGAAUUGUACCGAUUACUCAUCGGGUCGCCUCAAGAAUGUAAACAAUCUGGAAUCCCCAUCCUGCAUCUGCGCAUUUAUCAGACUCAUCGCAUCGUCUCUUCACUUGGAUCAACUUCGAUUUGCUUUGCUUCUGUCAGACUGCGUAGUGGUCGGGGCGGUGAGUGUUUGUGCAGUGGCGGUCGCGAUGCGUGAUUUGGCCUCAAAAAUGGCUGAAUUAAAAUUUGAAGCACCCCUAGCCCAAUUCGAGGAAUCCGACGAAUGGGGCUCUACGGAGUUCCAAACGGCUAACUUUAAAAACGAGGAGAACUUGAACAACAUAAAUAACAAGAAAAAGCAGGACAUAAACGACGUCCUAAAUGAUUUUAAUGAGGAUAUACUCAACAAUUCGAUACCCAAAAACGUGCCCGCUAAAACCCUGAUUUUGAAGAAUGGGGAAACGCAAUCGGUGGCUGAUAAUUUUACUGAAACGUUUUCUGGUUCGUUGGAGGAUUUAGUGAAUACUUUUGAUGAAAAAAUCACGAAAUGUUUCGGGAAUUACGAGGAGUCUGUAGAAAAAUUGGCACCUGUUCAAGUCAGAACUCAGGAGGAAAUAAUGAAUGAAUGCCAAAUGUGGUGGACGUUGACUGGAAACUUCGGUAAUAUUCUUCCAAUAGAUUGGUCCAAAUCGUACGCCCGGAAAUUACAAAUUAACGCUCUAAAUUUAGACCAGGAACCCCAAACACCUGAAGACGAUCUUGAUUUAAGUUCGGAAGAUGAAGCUGUUGCUAGCGAUCUGGACAUGCACGCCCUAAUCCUCGGAGGUAUUAACCAUGAAUCGGAUGAACCUCUAAAGACAGCCGACGAAGUUAUCAGGGAAAUCGACGAUAUGAUGCAGGAUCAGGAUUUGUGUUCUAUGGACGGCAACCCCGAAUCCAGAGAACACCUUCUGGAGAAUAAUGAGGUCAUGGAGAAAGCCAAGGAGGUGCUCAGUUCUCCCCUCUAUGAGGACAAAUUGCGCGAUUUGAGUCUAUCCCAGCUAAACGAGCUCUUCCUCGAAUUGGAAGUGCUCAUCAGAGAAUUCUCCGAAACGUUAAUCUCCGAACUGGCCCUCAGAGAUGAACUGGAAUACGAGAAAGAAUUAAAAAAUACGUUUAUCUCUCUUUUAUUAGCUGUACAAAACAGGCGAAGACAGUACCACGUCGAAAAGAAACGCUCGGCUAAACAUUCUUCCAAUAAAAUUCUAAACGGUAUGGAUCCCAAAUAUUUGACUACAGUAAUUCCUUAUCAUAUAGGAAACGGGCCUCCAGAUAAUCAAAGUCUCCAGGUUCUUAUUAAAAUACUCAAAGCCAUUAAUGAAGAUAGUCCAACAGUGCCCACCUUGUUGACAGAUUAUAUAUUAAAAGUAAUCUGCCCGACAUAAACGACACUUAGCCAAUAGCUACUCGUUAUUUAGUAUAAAGAAGCUUUCGACUGCUACAGCACACUACUACUACUACUACAAUAAGUACGGAAACAUUUUAUUUUUACUAUUAAAUACUUGUAUCUUUGGGAAGAAGCAGACAAACUGCUUUCACUUCAUACCUCACACAAUUAGUAGGUGAAUUUCUUUUUUCUCUCUGCAGCUUUUUUGCUAGUAUUUUUGGGAUAAAGCCAAAAUGUUAGCUGUAAUAUUGUCACUUUUAGUUAGCACUUUUAAAUAGGGUUGCCAACAUCGUUAUUUACUCCCACAUAAAAUAAAUUUUAUUAAAACGAAUCCCACAUAAAAUCAAUCCC